AUGCAACACCAGAGUGGUUGCCGAGGCGUCUGGCUCCUGCCCCUGUCCCUCUUCCUGUCUAGCCUUGGGGUGGCCAGAACUGGGCGCUCCCUUCUCAGCUGCCCUACAGGGUGCCUUUGUGCCAGCAACAUCCUCAGCUGUACCAAACGGGGACUGUCAAAUGUUCCUCAGUCUCUCCCCCGAUAUACGGCAUUCCUGGAUCUUAGCCACAACAACCUGACCCACCUUCGGGCCCAGUGGACCACCAUACACCUGACCCAUCUUCAGUCACUGUUCCUCAGCCAUAACCACUUACACUUCAUCUCCACGGAGGCCUUCUCCCCAGUGCCCAGUCUGCGCUACCUGGACCUCUCCUCCAAUCAUUUGAAGACCCUUGAUGAGUCGCUGUUCAGUGAACUUAAGAAUCUGGAGGUAUUGCUCCUGUACAGCAACCAAAUUGUGGAGGUGGACCGAAGCGCCUUCGAUGACAUGGUCAAUCUGCAGAAACUCUACCUGAGCCAGAACCAGAUAGCUCGCUUCCCUGUAGAACUGGUCAAGGACAGGUCCAAGCUUCCCAGCCUGACGCUACUGGAUCUGUCUUCUAAUAAACUGAAGCUAUUACCCACAGCUGAUCUGCAAGACCUGCCAGCCUGGAUGAAAAAUGGAUUGUACCUGCAUAACAAUUCCCUCAACUGUGACUGUGAGAUUCAGAAGCUCUUUACACACUGGCAGUAUCGUCAGCUGAGCUCAGUGACAGACUUUCAGGAGGAUUUGUACUGUAUACAUUCCAAGAAGAUGUACAGUGUCUUCAACAUAACCACCCUUAACUGCACUGAGUUCAAGGAAUGUGCAUUUGAGGCCCACCUGGGUGAAUCCUUUAUCAUCAGCUGUGACACCAAGCAGCAGGGGAUGACAAAGGAAUGGGUGACACCGAACAAUGAAAAGGUACUGAAUGAGGUGGGCAAUGGCACAGUGAGGGUGUUGCAAAAUGGCAGUCUUCACUUCCAGCACAUUCGGGUUGAGGACCAGGGACUGUAUACCUGCUAUGCAGUAGGGGAAGCAUUCAAUGAAACAUUGUCCGUGGAGGUGAAGGUCCACAACUUCACCCGGCACGGACCGCAUGACACUCUCAAUACAGCCUAUACAACGCUGGUGGGCUGCAUCCUCAGUGUGGUCCUGGUCCUGAUCUAUCUGUACCUCACCCCUUGCCGAUGCUGGUGCCGAGCUGGGGAGAGACCCACAAGCCAUCAGGGAGAUAGCCUCAGUUCUUCCAUGCUCAGCACCACCCCAAACCAUGAUCCUAUGGCUGGUGGUGGUGGCAAGGACAGUGGUUUUGACCGUCGAGUGGCCUUCCUGGAACCUACAGGACCUGGACAGGGCCAAAAUGGCAAACUAAAGCCUGGCAACACCCUCCCUGUACCUGAGGGGGCCAAAGGCCAGAGGAAAAUGUCUGAUCCAGAAUCAGUCAGCUCAGUCUUCUCUGAUACGCCCAUUGUGGUGUGAGUAGGGUGGAAAGGAGGGGAAGAUCCCCUUGAAAGAGGUGAUAUGGCAACCUCCAAAGGAUGUGAGGGGAAGGAAGAGAGCUGCCUGAGGGUGUUAGUUUCCCCCUCGUUCUCAUGAGGGAAAUGUGCACAGAUGCAACAAUGGGCAAGACCACCCACCUCCAUCCCUGGGUGUGGAAGAUUUUCAAAUAUGGAUCUAUAAUUCUCAGGCAGAUGCUGUACCCCCUACCCAAAGUUCUAGCAAGUUCAGCUGAUGAUGAAGGAACAUGUCUAAGACAGGUGGGUUUAGUGGGUAAUAGAAUUCCCUAAGCUUUUACCACAUCA